ACAAUACGCUUAGUGUGACAAGCAAAAGUUGUUUAAGGAUUAAUCGAUAACUCAAUAAACGGUUAGAGUUAGAACUUAGAACCAAACCGAGUAAAAAUACUUCGCAAGCACCUCGUUAAACAACGAGUUUCUGGCUUGUCCUUGAAGCUAACGUCGACCAGAAAAGAAAAGAAAAGAAACCCCCAAAAACAUCGUUGACUGGUACGCACUUUUACAACAACAGCUCUCUCUCUCCCAAUUCGCGUUAUAGGGUUUUUCUUAAACCCUCCCACAAAAUCCCCUCCUCCCCUCCCCGAUUCCGUUUCGCCGGCCGCCGCCAUGAGCAAGGGACCAGGUCUCUUCUCCGACUUCGGCAAGAAGGCCAAAGAUUUGCUCACCAGAGAUUAUCUCUCCGACCAGAAGAUUUCCAUCUCUACUUUCACUCAAUCUGGAGUGGCUCUUACCUCCAAUGUUGUUGAGAAAGGAGGCCUUUCUUCAGGGGAUGUGGCAGCUGAAUACAAGCACAAGAAUGCUACCAUUGGCUUCAAAGUCGACACCGAGUCUAAUGUGACAACAACUGUUAGUGUUACCGACUAUCCAUCAUCCACCAAAUCCAUUGCUUCAGUAAAAUUGCCUGAUUUCAACUCUGGAAAGUUGGAAGUCCAGUAUAACCAUCAUCAUGCUGGUGUCACUGCUGCUCUUGGCCUGAAUAAAUCUCCAUCUGUUGAUUUUUCUGCAACUGUUGGUACUCCCACCAUUGCAUUUGGUGCAGAGGCUAGCUACCUGACUUCUACAGGUGACUUUUCCAAGUAUAAUGCCGGUGUCAGACUCACUAGGCCAGAUUCCAAUGCUUCCGCUAUCUUGGCUGACAAAGGAGAUUCCAUAAGGGUAUCCUACUUGCAUCAUCUGGAGCAGCUGAAUGGGGGUGCAGUUGUGGCAGAGAUCAGCAGGCGGUUCUCGACCAACGAGAACACAUUAACUGUUGGAUGUUCGUAUGUGGUUGACUCUACUACAUUAUUGAAAGCAAAGCUGAACAAUCACGGUGAUCUCGGCGCUCUUCUCCAGCAUGAGAUCAAGGCCAAGUCGUUUUUGACGGUGUCUGGGUCAUUCAACACUAAAGCUUUCCAGAAGACUCCCAAGUUCGGGGCUGGCCUGUCCCUGAAGCCUUGAUUGUUACCUAUUCAAGAUUUUUAUUCAAUGACGACAACGCAAAUUGGGUUCGUUGUUCGAAAUCCAUAUAUAUUCUGACGAUCAAAGCAAGCAUCCUUAACUUUCUGAUAUAUGACAUUUUUACAGCAAAGUUUCGGUACAUUUGUUAGUUCUGUUGGUCCAAAUGAUGGAAAAAUGCGAAUUACUGGCUUGUCGAAAUAUUACUGCUCCUCUGAAUGUGCUAUUCGUUUGAAAGCUUGUGGAUUUGCAUCUGUUGUUUCUCCUAUCUUUUAUCAGUUUUUGCAUUGAGCUGUAGUUUUCUUUCAUUACAGUUUUCUAGUCUUGGCCAUGAAGGGAUUCAUAUACAGAGGUGGAAUUGGAUGAAUCUUGUAGGAUGAGGAUUUUGUACAGAACACGGUCUCAGUUUCAAUAGCCUUCAGCGUUCAUACUACAUACACAGAUCGAAUAAGAUCCCGCAGGAUUACGAAUAUCUACAAUGCUCACCCUAACUGCACUAAGUCAAUAAUCAGAGAAUCACCUAGCCAAAAUCAUAAAAGAAAGAAAGAGCUUUUGAUGGAGGCAACCAAAUUCCUUUUACCACUUGUUUUUUUUUUAUUUUUUUGGCAAAAGACAUUACGGAACGGAAAAAUACUCCUUAUUUCCACCGAGUUGCCUUGAACAAUAGGAGAAGAAAUACUUUUCAGCAUAUAAAGGUGAACGAAGCAGCUACGUGUGAAAAAGAAGAGCUCCAAGGUGCUUUUGUUCAUCACUUUUGAGUGUAGAUUUCGGGAAACCAGCAGUAACCGACCUUUCCCUUGUGGUUACAGAGCUGAUCUGGUCUCUGGUGACGAUAAUUUCAGUUUGACAAAACCUUUCACCUUAGACGAGAUUUGGAGAGCCAUCUCGGACUGCUGGGGAGAUAAGGCGCCUGGCCCCGAUGGCUUCACGUUAGAAUUCUACAAGAAAGGGUGGGAUAUCAUAAAGACUGACCUUUUGAAAGCCUUUGAUCACUUCUUCCUCACCGGUGAAUUGUCUAACUCGGUGGCACACUCGUUCAUUUGCUUGAUUCCCAAAAAGGAAGCGGUUGAAGAGGUGAAGGAUUUUAGGCCAAUCAGCCUAAUCGGCAGCCUUAAUAAAAUCAUCUACAAGGU